CUUGGACGCGUGACGUCACGCGUCUAAGUUGGAUGGCGUGUCUAACCUCGCCCGCCGGAGCGCUACUAGGGCUGCCGGGCUGCGAUCUGCUGCGAGUCAUGACACAACCUAUCGAUCGUAUUGCACAACCUCCCGCCCGACAUCUAUAUAACCACCUUGUCCCACUGUCCAGGCCCCACUGCACUCUCCUCCCCCGGUGACUGUCACAGCAAUGCCUCAGGACAUAUUCAACUCUCCCGCUCCCAAAGUCGACUUCUUCACGCCAUCGCAGUACCCGCCUUCGGGCACUGCUGUGGAUGAUGGCAAGCCCAUUCCCACCCUCUUUCAGCCUAUCAAAAUCCGUGGUGUGGUGUUUCCAAACCGUAUAUGGCUGUCCCCGUUAUGCCAGUACUCUGCUCAAGACGGCAAGUAUACCUUCUGGCACUAUGCACACAUGGGCGGGAUCAUCUCGCGCGGGCCCGGCCUGAGCAUGGUCGAGGCCACCGCGGUCACCCCGGAGGGGCGCAUCACCCCCGAGGACACCGGUUUGUGGUCCGACGAGCAGAUCGACUCCUUCGCCCAGCUCGUCGCCUUCGCGCACUCGCAGAACCAGAAGGUCGGCAUCCAGCUCGGCCAUGCCGGCCGCAAGGCGUCCACCGUCGCCCCCUGGCUCUCCAAGGCUGCGACCGCCACAGAGGCCGCGAACGGCUGGCCCGACGACGUCUGGGCGCCGAGUGCCAUCGGGUUCGCUGAGGUGUUCCCGCGGCCAAAGGAGCUCACGAUCGCGGGCAUCAAGCGGAUCAAGCGUGCGUUCGUGGACGCUGCGCGCCGUGCCCUCCGUGCGGGCUUCGACGUGAUUGAGAUCCACAAUGCGCACGGAUACUUGCUGCACUCGUUCCUCAGCCCGGUGUCUAACAAGCGCACGGACGAGUACGGCGGCAGCUUCGAGAAUCGCACGCGUCUCACGCUAGAGAUCGUGGACGCAGUGCGCUCUGUCAUACCACCUGAUAUGCCUCUCUUCCUCCGCAUCUCUGCAACGGACUGGCUCGAAGAAUCGCUAGAGGGCGAGCCCUCUUGGACACUACAGGACACGGUGCGGAUCGCGGGCCUGCUGGCAGAGCACGGCGUCGACCUGCUCGACGUCUCCUCUGGCGGGGCGCACCCUGCGCAGAAGAUCCCCGGCGCGCCCACAUACCAGGCGCCGCUCGCAGAGGCCGUCAAGAAGGCUCACGGGGACAAGAUCCUCGUGUCGGCAGUGGGCUUGAUCACGGACGGGAAGACUGCGCAGGGCGUGCUCGACAAGGGCCAGGCGGACGCAGUCUUUGUGGGGAGACAGUUCCAGAAGAACCCCGGGACGGUGUGGCAGUUUGCGGAGGAGCUCGGCGUGGACAUCAAGCGCGCGCACCAGAUCGAGUGGGGAUUCACCGGCCGCGCUAACGUAGACAGGAAGCACAGGGACCCGUCAAAGUAGUCUCGUCACAAGACCCUCCUCGUGGAGGUGUGAGGGGUUUGUUCGAACCUACCCGUCAAAGAGCAACUUGUCGUAGGGCGUGUACUAGAAGGAAAGCUGCCUGUGAGUAGCUGA